UCUGUGUCGCGACAUAGUGCCACAAGAGAUCGGUUUUAUAUGCUCACACAGUUUUUAUAAUUAAUACAUAGGUGAAAAGUGAAAAUAAUUUCUAUCAAUUGUGGUCAAAACGUGUCAGAUAAUUUGCAUGCAUUGGCCAGCAGGUUGCAUCAAAGGAGCAUUACAGCAGAAGCCUCCGGAAGGCACAAGAGCACACUCAGUGAAAACAAAGCAAAAAAAACAAAGGAUGAAUCGUUUCAAGACAUCUAAAUUCAAAAACAGCACCCCGAAGAUCCCCAAAAAAGACGGAUGGAUUGGCAACAUCCGGGCCGGGGCCAUGAACUCCUUGGGGAAUCACAUCAAAUCCAGCUGCAGGCUUGUGGCGUUUAAUACUGAACAGUCUGGUGGUGGACUCCUGGGCUUGUCUUCUCUGGAUGCUGGAGAUGAUGGCAAGUGGACAGUGAGCCAGUUCCCAUGUCAUUCCAACCUGGUGACUGAUUUUGACUUCUCUCCAUUUGAUGACAAUGUCUUGGCAACAUGUUCAGCUGAUGAAACAAUUAAGGUGUGGCGCCUCUGUGAACCAGACCAGGGACAGAAUCCAGCUGGGUCGGCAAGCGAGACACUGUCUCCUGGCCAAGGCCGUCUGGAGACCGUGCUCUUCCACCCCUCUUCCUCUGGUUUGCUCGCCGUGGGCUCUGCCUCUACAGCACAGGUGUGGGACACAGGCCGGGAUUUGGCCCUUGCAGCUCUGGAGCCACAUGCAGAUCAGCUAUACAGUUUCACUUGGAAGCAGGACGGCUCCGUACUGGCCACAACCUGCAAGGACAAGAAGCUGCGUAUCUUUGACCCCCGAGCCCAGCUGAGCCCUGUCCAAAGUGCUGUGAGCUUUCAGACCAACAAGGAAUCACACAUACUUUGGGUGAAGGACUCUGACCACAUCCUGACCACUGGAUUCAAUCAGGUUCGGGAGAGGGAGGUUCGGCUAUGGGACAGCAGGAAACUGGGAUCUUCUCUGGGCUCCGUGUCACUGGGCACCUCCAGUGGGAGUCUGAUCCCGUUGUUUGACCCGGAUUCCGGCCUGCUGGUACUGUCAGGGAAGGGAGACAGUGUCAUCGACUGUUUCGAGGUGUCAGCGGUCGAGCCCUUCUUGUCGCAAGUGAGCCACUGUCUCACAGAAUCAUCAACUCGUGGCAUUGCCAUGGUGCCCAAACUGGCCCUGGAUGUAGCCUCAUGUGAAGUUCUGCGGGUCCUUCAGCUCACUGACAAGUACAUUGUACCUGUGAGCUACCAUGUGCCCCGCAAGCCAGGACAGGACUUCCAUGAAGAUUUGUACCCAGACACGGUGGGCCAGACGGCAGCCACGACAGCUGAGGAGUGGUGGAAGGGCGAGAACAGACAGGUUCAGAGGGUCAGUCUCCAUCCUGACAAGAGGCCAAAGCGCAGUGCUCUGAGAGUGAAGCAGGAGCCAGCGAAAAAGGAGGUGCCCGGGGGCAGGAGCAAAGAGGAGGUGCAAGUGGGAUGCUCUACCUCCAGCAGUCCCCUGACUUCCCCCAGCAGCAGUGCAGCUCCAUCCCGCUCCCCGUCCUCCACCAGCGGCCUUUCCUCCGGCUUCCUGCCCAGCCCCAGCCAGAGUACCCGGGCCAUACAGAGCAUGCUCGGCCCCAGCUCAAAGUUCCGGCACGUUCAAGGCAGCAUCCUGCACCGUGACACCCACAUCACCAACUUGCGGGGGCUCAAUCUGACCACCCCUGGAGAGUCGGAUGGCUUUUGUGCCAAUCGGCAACGUGUUGCCGUGCCGCUGGCUAUCGCUGGGGGACAGAUUGCUGUGUUUGAGCUGUCCCGGCCUGGCAAGCUGCCGGACACUGCCCUCCCCACCAUCCAGAACACGGUCAGUGUGGCAGACUUGGCCUGGGACCCCUUUGACCCCCACAGGCUGGCUGUGGCGGGUGAUGAUGCGAAGAUUCGUGUGUGGCAGGUCCCUGACGGGGGGCUCACAGACACUGUGACCGAGCCCAAGUGUGUUCUGCAAGGACACACGGAGAAGAUCUACUCAAUCAGCUUUCACCCGCUGGCCUCAGGCCUCCUGGCCACAUCUUCAUAUGACAUGUCUGUGCGUUUGUGGAACUUGAGCUCUGGGCAGGAGGUGAAGGUGCUCAAAGGACACCAGGACCAGAUAUUUGGAAUGGCAUGGAGCCCAGAUGGUCAGCUGCUGGCCACAGUCUGCAAAGACGGGAAAGUGCGAAUCUACGACCCACGGCGGUCGGAUGAACCCACCAAGGAAGGGCCCGGCCCAGAGGGCCCCAGAGGAGCCCGUGUGGUUUGGGUGUGUGGGGGUCAGUACUUGCUGGUGUCUGGGUUUGACAGCCGUAGCGAGAGGCAGCUCUACUUGUACUCCACCCAGACCCUGUCCUCUGGUCCCAUAGCCACUACGCCCGCCGAUGUCUCGCCAUCCACCCUUAUCCCCUUCUAUGACCCUGACACCAGUUUGCUCUUCCUCACAGGAAAGGGUGACACUCGAGUCUACAUCUUUGAGAUUCUUCCAGACUCUCCAUACUUCCUGGAGUGUAGCAGCUUCAGUUCUUCCGAACCACACAAGGGGUUCUCAUUCCUACCCAAGACAGAGUGCGACGUGCGCGAUGUUGAGAUUGCUCGUGCUCUGAAGCUCACCAAGAAUAGCAUCGAGCCUGUAGCCUUCAGGGUGCCAAGAGUCAAGAAAGAGUUCUUCCAGGAUGACAUCUUCCCAGACACAGCGGUGUGCUGGGAGUCGACUCUCACAGGCUCGGCCUGGCUGUCAGGGUCCAACGGCCAGCACCGCAAGAUGAGCCUGCGUCCCAAAGACAUGGCGCCAGUGAGUGAGGCACCCAAGGACGUCCCAGUGAGAAAAUACCUCCCCUCUUCUGUUUACUUGGAUGAGAAGACCGAUGAGCAGAAGAAAGAGGAGCUGCUGAGUGCCAUGGUUGCAAAGCUGGGAAACAGGGAGGACCCCCUGCCGCAGGAGUCCUUCCAGGGUGUUGACGACGAGGAAUGGGACGACUAGUGGACCAGUGAGGUGGAGCAGGAGGGGCUGCUGUUGCUGUGUGCUGACACAGGCCCAUACCACUGUACCUCUGCGACACCCACGACCUCAAACCCCACUCUUCCACCCCCCUUUCCUCCAUAUCCUUUUUCAGCUGGAGCUCCUUUAUACCUCAUAGAACCCGCAACCCCCUGUCCAGGAUCCAGUCCAUUGAGCCACUGCGUGUGUCGGUCCUUCAAAUGAGUGUCCUGUCGACACUAAACCAGUGGUUGAGGGGAAAUCAUACGGACAAGCAUAGCCUAUAUAGUAUAUAGUAUAUAUGUAGAACACAGCAAGGGAGCAGAAUUUUACCCAGGGGGCAACACUUGACUGCUAAGACUAGCUCUGACCACUGAUUGUUUUGCAAAAAAAAAAAAUUAUAAUUACAAUAUUAUUUCCAAAAAGGGAGCUAGCUGGACAAAGUAAAGCCUUCUGAGUGGGAUGGGCACUGGUUGCAAGACCUGGUGUCGACAGGGCUCAGAAUGGAUCCCUCAUCUCAGGGCCUCGGUUACUCUUUGCUGAACUCCUUUACGGGGCAAAGAGCCGAGGCGUCACCUUUCUUUAUACAAAUAAGGCGCUAGUUUUUGAAGGUGCCGUGCACUCCGACAGCUGUUCUUACUAGAAGUGCAACUGACCAAGGGAGGGAUCAUUCCUUCCAGCACUCCCAGUAGUAUCCGAAUCAGAGGCGAUUGCUUAUUGCUUAUUGAUUAUCUCAGAAAUGGCACCUGUCAGUUGAGUGACCAGGCUGGAACAAGCUGUCUUCAAGACCACCUCAGUUACCGUGUCUUAGACCCCUAAAUUCUAUGCAUGGGUCUUCAUACUAUAGGUGAUCAGACAUUUCUGCCGUGCGGUUUACAGGGUUUACAGUGUUUGCCGAACUUUUGCCAUUGCUGGGUCUCCUGGCCCCGAUCCUUAUGUGUAGGAAGGGAGUGGGGGCCAAAAACAAUGGGUAUUGUCAGGUACUUCUGAGAUCAGCCAUGUUUUUUACACUGUUUCUUCAGUCAUUUUUUUUUUCCAAGACUUCUUUUCAAAAUACCCUUCCAUAAUACUGUCUGGAAGUCAGAUGACAGGUCACUUAAAGGCGGAGACUGUUUUUCUAGGACAAGCCAACAGCUUUUUGUUGGUCAAAGCAAGGAAUUGAUUGCAAUCAAUCGAUGGUUCCUUAAAAUCAAUGGAACCGUUGAUAUUUCUUACCGUAUAGUCCGGUUGGACCUGUUGUUCCAUUAGUUUUUUAAUACGUGAAAGAUGUGCUUUUUGUUUCUAGGUUAAAAAAGUUCAUUGGUACUUGUGGCAGUACUCAUCAGAGUGAGGUGUGUGUCCUGACUCAUCAGUAGUCUCUUGCUGUGGUGUAAAUGGUGUAAAUGGACCAUUAUGUGUUUGAUCUUCCGCACAUCUGAUUGACCUCUAAGCGGGCAUUAGGGUUCGUACUUUGUCUAUGUGGGUUUAAUGGACCGGUAAUUCGAUGCUUUAUGGGACUCAUUAAUUCAUUUUUAGAACAAACAUUCAUUUUGUUAAUAUUGCAUAGAUAGCAGUAAGAUUCAUUUUGUUAAUAUUGCAUAGAUAGCAGUACUAACAUCACUGGCCCUGAUGUUUCAUUUUCUUUUUUUUUUUUUGCUAUUUAACAUUCUUUUACUAAAAAUUUACCAAGAAGUUUAAAAACAUUGUGGUUUUUUUUUUUUUUUUAAAGUUGUACUGUUUACAGAUGUGCUGCAGAUGGACUGGAGUCCUUGUACCAGAAGUGGUUUAACACUGUGGUGUCUAACAAGGAACGUUGUAUUCACACGCACACGCGAACACAUGACACAUUGCACAUGUUUACUCGGCGUGCGUCUUGGAAUUUGACACGUACCUGCCGACACGUGGUUCUCCCUAAUGACAUGCAUGGUACCGGCUGAUAAUAGCCUAUACUCUGUGAAAACUGGAUCCCUCCCUUCUCAGUAUUUGGGAUUGUGUAUCUCUCUUCUCCUUUCUAUCCAUCCGGUGUGAGUAGCUGUUAACCUGGAAUGUUACUUGUCAAUAAACAGCCAUUUGAAUCUCCA